UCGCGGAGGCGGCGAUCUGCUGCUGCUCGCGCGCGGGAUCGAGUCGAUUCGAAUCGCCCCCCCCCCCCCCCCCCCCCCGGUUUAGCGGCGCACUGGUGGUCGCUGGGUGGGGGAGGGAGCGGUCGGCGGAGGAGGAGCGCCGCGAUCUGAAACCCUAGGUGGGGGUGGGGGGCGGCGGCGGCGGGGGGAGAAAUGGAUGCGAGGUUCCCGUACUCGCCGGCCGAGGUGGCCAAGGUGCAGCUGGUCCAGUUCGGCAUCCUCAGCCCCGACGAGAUCAGGCAAAUGUCAGUGGUGCAGAUAGAGCAUGCAGAAACUAUGGAAAGAGGGAAACCGAAACCUGGUGGCUUGAGUGACCCUAGGUUGGGGACUAUUGACCGGAAAAUCAAGUGUGAGACAUGCAUGGCUGGGAUGGCGGAGUGCCCAGGCCACUUUGGCCACCUUGAGCUUGCUAAGCCAAUGUUCCACAUCGGCUUUAUCAAGACCGUUCUCUCCAUAAUGCGCUGCGUCUGCUUCAACUGUUCCAAGAUCCUUGCCGAUGAGGAUGAUACUAAGUUCAAGCAGGCUCUUAAAAUCAGGAACCCAAAAAACAGGCUGAAAAGAAUAUAUGAUGCUUGCAAGAGCAAAAAAGUUUGUGCAGGGGGUGAUGACCUCGAUGUUCAGGAGCAGCAAGAUACUGAUGAGCCAGUAAAGAGAAGAGGUGGCUGUGGUGCUCAGCAGCCAAAUAUCACUGUUGACGGUAUGAAGAUGGUUGCAGAGUUUAAAGCACCAAAGAAGAAGAAUGAUGAUCAAGAGCAACUCCCUGAACCAGUGGAGCGGAAGCAAAUCCUCUCUGCUGAGAGGGUCCUCAAUGUUCUUAAACGUAUAAGUGAUGAGGACUGUCUUCUAUUGGGUCUGAACCCCAAAUUCGCCCGUCCUGACUGGAUGAUUUUGCAAGUCCUUCCAAUUCCCCCACCCCCUGUGAGACCAUCUGUCAUGAUGGAUACUUCUUCGAGAAGUGAGGAUGAUUUGACUCAUCAAUUAGCAAUGAUAAUUCGACAUAACGAGAACUUGAGGAGGCAAGAGAGAAAUGGAGCACCAGCUCACAUAAUAACAGAGUUUGCUCAGCUGUUGCAAUUUCACAUCGCAACAUACUUUGACAAUGAACUUCCUGGCCAACCAAGGGCAACACAGCGUUCUGGAAGGCCUAUUAAAUCAAUUUGCAGCAGACUGAAAGCAAAGGAAGGCCGUAUUAGAGGAAACUUGAUGGGGAAGCGUGUUGAUUUCUCAGCUCGUACUGUCAUAACACCAGAUCCAAAUAUUAACAUUGAUGAAUUAGGAGUGCCAUGGAGUAUUGCUUUGAACCUGACAUACCCAGAAACUGUCACUCCAUAUAACAUUGAGAGGUUGAAAGAACUUGUAGAAUAUGGGCCCCACCCUCCCCCUGGGAAGACAGGUGCAAAGUACAUUAUCAGGGAAGACGGUCAGAGGCUUGAUCUCCGUUAUGUGAAGAAAAGCAGUGACCAGCAUCUGGAGCUGGGUUACAAGGUGGAAAGACACCUCAAUGAUGGGGAUUUUGUUCUUUUCAAUCGGCAACCUAGUCUUCACAAAAUGUCUAUAAUGGGUCAUCGCAUUAAAAUAAUGCCAUAUUCAACUUUCCGCUUAAACUUGUCCGUCACUUCACCGUACAAUGCUGAUUUUGAUGGAGAUGAAAUGAAUAUGCAUGUUCCUCAGUCAUUUGAGACCAGAGCUGAAGUGCUAGAGUUGAUGAUGGUUCCAAAAUGUAUCGUGUCUCCUCAAUCAAAUAGGCCCGUUAUGGGUAUUGUCCAGGACACGCUUCUUGGAUGUCGGAAAAUUACAAAAAGAGAUACUCUUAUUGAAAAGGAUGUAUUUAUGAACAUCUUAAUGUGGUGGGAAGAUUUUGAUGGAAAGGUCCCUGCCCCUGCCAUUUUGAAACCAAGGCCUAUUUGGACUGGGAAACAAGUUUUCAACUUGAUUAUUCCCAAGCCAAUCAAUUUGAUUAGAUUUUCUGCCUGGCAUUCUGAAGCUGAAACAGGAUUUAUUACUCCUGGUGAUACUAUGGUCCGGAUAGAGAAGGGAGAACUUCUAUCUGGUACACUUUGCAAAAAGACACUUGGAACAUCAACUGGAAGUCUUAUUCAUGUUAUCUGGGAAGAGGUUGGUCCAGAUGCUGCUCGCAAGUUCUUAGGUCAUACACAGUGGCUAGUCAACUACUGGCUUCUGCAAAAUGGUUUUAGUAUUGGAAUUGGGGAUACAAUUGCAGAUGCAGCCACCAUGGAGAAGAUUAAUGAGACAAUCUCUACUGCUAAAAAUGAAGUGAAGGAACUUAUUAAGCAAGCCCAUGAUAAACACUUGGAAGCUGAGCCAGGACGCACCAUGAUGGAAUCAUUUGAAAAUAGAGUAAAUCAGGUUCUUAACAAGGCUCGUGAUGAUGCUGGAAGUAGUGCCCAGAAGAGUUUGUCUGAAAGCAACAAUCUGAAGGCUAUGGUCACUGCAGGCUCAAAAGGCAGUUUCAUCAAUAUUUCACAAAUGACUGCUUGUGUUGGACAGCAGAAUGUUGAGGGCAAGCGGAUCCCAUUUGGCUUCAUCGAUCGAACAUUGCCUCACUUCACAAAAGAUGACUAUGGUCCUGAAAGUCGUGGAUUUGUGGAGAACUCUUACCUUCGGGGCCUGACACCACAAGAAUUUUUCUUCCAUGCUAUGGGUGGUAGAGAAGGUCUGAUUGAUACUGCUGUGAAGACCUCUGAGACUGGAUAUAUCCAGCGGCGACUUGUGAAGGCUAUGGAAGAUAUUAUGGUGAAGUAUGAUGGUACUGUGAGAAACUCCUUGGGAGAUGUCAUUCAGUUCUUAUAUGGGGAAGAUGGCAUGGAUGCUGUUUGGAUCGAGUCACAGAAGUUGGACUCCUUGAAGAUGAAAAAGGGUGAGUUUGAUACUGUCUUUCGUUAUGAACUGGAUGAUGAAAACUGGAGGCCAAACUAUAUGUUGCCUGAACACGUUGAAGAUUUGAAGACCAUUCGUGAGUUUAGAAAUGUGUUUGAGGCGGAGGUUCAGAAGCUAGAAGCUGACCGGUUCCAGCUUGGCACUGAGAUUGCUACAACUGGUGAUAAUACAUGGCCUAUGCCUGUCAACCUCAAGCGGCUUAUCUGGAAUGCUCAGAAGACAUUCAAGAUUGAUCUGAGAAGGCCUUCUGACAUGCACCCAAUGGAAAUUGUGGAGGCAAUAGAUAAGCUGCAAGAAAGACUUAAGGUUGUUCCUGGUGAUGAUGCUAUGAGUAUUGAGGCACAGAAGAAUGCUACUUUGUUCUUCAAUAUCCUGCUUCGAAGCACAUUUGCUAGCAAGAGGGUCUUGAAGGAGUAUAGGCUUACAAAGGAAGCUUUUGAAUGGGUUAUUGGUGAGAUUGAGUCGAGAUUCCUUCAGUCUUUGGUGGCCCCAGGUGAAAUGAUUGGAUGUGUGGCUGCACAGUCCAUUGGUGAACCUGCAACUCAGAUGACCCUGAAUACUUUCCAUUAUGCUGGUGUCAGUGCCAAGAAUGUUACUCUUGGUGUUCCUAGGCUGAGAGAGAUCAUUAAUGUUGCUAAGAAGAUAAAGACUCCAUCAUUGUCAGUUUACCUAAAGCCUGAGGUGAACAAGAAGAAGGAAUUGGCUAAGAAUGUCCAAUGUGCAUUAGAGUAUACUACUCUGCGCAGUGUGACACAUGCUACGGAAAUUUGGUAUGAUCCUGACCCUCUGGGAACCAUUAUUGAAGAAGAUGUUGAGUUUGUCAGGUCCUACUAUGAAAUGCCUGAUGAAGAUGUUGACCCUGAUAAAAUUUCUCCAUGGCUGUUGCGUAUUGAGCUGAACCGUGAGAUGAUGGUUGAUAAGAAAUUGAGCAUGGCUGAUAUUGCAGAGAAGAUCAAUCAUGAGUUUGAUGAUGACUUGUCAUGCAUAUUUAAUGAUGAUAAUGCGGAUAAACUGAUCCUUCGUGUCCGCAUCACAAAUGAUGAAGCUCCAAAGGGAGAAAUACAGGAUGAAUCUGCUGAGGAUGAUGUCUUCCUCAAGAAGAUUGAGAGUAACAUGUUGACAGAGAUGGCCCUUCGUGGAAUCCCAGAUAUUAACAAAGUUUUCAUCAAAUAUGGGAAGGUCAAUAAAUUUGAGGACAAUGAUGGUUUCAAACCAGAUAAUGAGUGGAUGCUUGAUACAGAAGGUGUUAAUCUCUUGGCUGUCAUGUGCCAUGAAGAUGUUGAUGCCACUAGGACAACAAGUAACCAUUUGAUUGAAGUAAUUGAGGUCCUUGGAAUUGAGGCUGUCCGCCGAGCCCUCUUGGAUGAGCUGAGGGUUGUCAUAUCUUUCGAUGGAUCUUAUGUCAAUUACAGGCAUCUGGCCAUUCUUUGUGAUACAAUGACAUACAGAGGACACCUGAUGGCUAUUACAAGGCAUGGUAUCAAUCGUAAUGACACAGGGCCUCUUAUGAGAUGUUCCUUUGAAGAGACUGUGGAUAUCUUGCUUGAUGCUGCCGUAUAUGCAGAAUCUGACUACCUGAGAGGUGUCACUGAGAAUAUUAUGCUUGGCCAGCUUGCUCCUAUCGGUACAGGAGGCUGUGCAUUGUAUCUGAACGAUCAGAUGCUGCAGCAGGCCAUUGAACUUCAACUUCCAAGCUAUGUUGAAGGUCUGGACUUUGGAAUGACACCAGCACGCUCGCCCAUCUCUGGGACACCAUAUCAUGAAGGAAUGAUGUCACCAAGUUACCUGCUUAGUCCAAACAUCAGGGCUUCCCCCAUUACAGAUGCUCAGUUCUCGCCAUAUGUUGGAGGAAUGGCUUUCUCACCCGUACCUUCACCAGGCUACACUCCAUCAUCAGGGGGUGGUUACAGUCCAUCUUCUCCUGUAUACAGUCCAGGGCCAGGAUACAGCCCCACCUCUCCUUCAUAUAGUCCUGCCUCACCCAGCUACAGUCCCACUUCUCCAUCUUAUACACCUGGCUCUCCUACUUACUCACCUACAAGUCCAUCAUACUCACCUACCAGCCCAUCAUACUCGCCGACCAGUCCAUCAUACUCGCCAACAUCUCCAAGCUACAGCCCUACAUCUCCUAGCUAUAGCCCUACAUCACCAAGCUACAGCCCCACCUCGCCAAGUUAUAGUCCCACUUCUCCGAGCUACAGUCCCACAUCACCAGUUUAUAGCCCAACUUCUCCGGCAUAUAGCCCAACUUCUCCUGCAUACAGCCCCACGUCACCAUCUUAUAGCCCCACAUCACCGUCUUACAGCCCUACAUCACCAUCAUAUAGCCCAACAUCUCCAUCAUACAGCCCCACCUCACCCUCAUACAGCCCCACCUCACCCUCAUACAGCCCAACAUCGCCUGCAUACAGCCCUACCUCGCCUGGCUACAGUCCGACAUCUCCAAGCUACAGCCCAACUUCACCAAAUUACAGUCCUACCUCGCCAAGUUACAAUCCUUCUUCGGCCAAGUAUAGUCCUUCACAUGCGUAUUCUCCAAGCAGCCCAAGGCUGAGCCCUUACAGUCAGACAUCUCCAAAUUACAGCCCGACCUCGCCGACGUACUCACCUACCUCACCGUCAUAUUCACAACCAAGCCCGUCAUACAGCCCGACAAGCCCAUACACCACCUCUGGAGGGCCUAGCCCAGAUUAUAGCCCAACCUCUCCAAAUUACAGCCCUAGCGGAAGCUACUCCCCCACUGCACCGGGCUACUCCCCGUCCUCCACCGGCCAGCAGUUCUCUCCCCGGGCCGCCAACAAAGACGAGGACGACGCCCAAUGAAAACUGCUGAGGAAGAAAGGAUGGUGAUGGUGGUGAUGGCAUGAAAACUGCUGAGGAAGAAAGGAUGGUGAUGGUGGUGAUGGCUGAGGAGGGACGACGUGCUGCACCAACCUCUCUUUUUCUUUCCCAGUUUCUGCAUGGUUGAUGAUGAACUCUUUGAACCAACGGAAAUGGGAGGCUGUGUUUUGCUCGAGCUGCUAAUAGCAGCGAAACAGUGCUGUGUAUGAGAGUGAGUACCUGAUAGAUUUCCUUGUGCUGCUAAUAGCAGCCAGAGUCAUGUAUUAUUAUGAGAACCCUACUACCCCCAUAGAAAGGAUCUGAACUUUACCCAGGCAUUGGACCAUCUGUCGAGUGCCUUGACUAAUAAUUAUUCGUUAAUGUUAUGAUCUCGAUGGGAUUAGAGACAAUUAAUGCUGUUUUCUGACUUGUCGUGUGCCAUUAGAGCUAAUCUUGUGCGUCCA